GCGCGGCCGGAGCGCUUUGGCGGUUGCACCGGGCAAGAUGGCGGACCGCGAAGAAGCGUUGAGGGAGUUCGUGGCCGUGACCGGAGCCGAGGAGGAGCGGGCGCGCUUUUUCCUGGAGUCGGCGGGCGGGGACCUGCAGAUUGCCCUGGCUAGUUUCUAUGAAGAUGGUGGUGACGAAGACAUCAUGACCCUCCCACAACCAACCUCUAGCUACGUUACCAGAGGCACGGCAGCCAGCGACCACAGGGUGACGUCGUUCCGUGACCUCGUUCACGCUCAGGAGGAGGAGGAGGAGGAGGAGGAAGGACAAAGGUUUUAUGCCGGUGGGUCAGAACGAAGCGGGCAGCAGAUCGUUGGCCCCCCGAGAAAGAAAAAUUCGAACGAGCUGGUGGAAGAUCUGUUCCGGGGGGCUAAAGAACACGGGGCUGUGGCUGUCGACAGGACAGCUAAGAGCCCCGGGGAAGGCAGCCGGCCAAAGCCCUUUGCAGGAGGCGGGUAUCGCUUGGGAGCUGCACCCGAGGAAGAGUCCGCUUACGUCGCGGGAGAAUUGAGGCAGAACGCUGCCCAAGAUGUCCACGUAGUCCUGAAGCUGUGGAAAAGCGGAUUUAGCUUAGACAGUGGCGAGCUGAGGAGCUACCAGGAUCCCUCCAACUCUCAGUUCCUGGAGUCCAUCCGUCGGGGAGAAGUGCCCGCCGAGCUCCGUCGGUUGGCACGUGGCGGGCAGGUCAACCUGGAUCUAGAGGAUCACCGCGAUGAGGAUUUCAUGAAGGCCAGGGGGACCUUCAGGGCUUUCACCGGAGAAGGCCAGAAGCUAGGCAGCACUGUCCCCCAAGUGAUGGGCACCAGCUCGCCCUCCCAGCAGGCGGAAAACGAAGCCAAAGCCCGUUCCCUGAUCACCAUCGAUGAGACGGAGCCCACCACCAACAUCCAGAUCCGGCUUGCAGACGGUGGGCGUCUCGUACAGAAAUUCAACCACAGUCACAGGAUCCGCGACAUCCGGCUGUUCAUCGUGGACGCCCGGCCGGCUAUGGCCGCCACGGGCUUCGUCCUCAUGACCACUUUCCCUAACAAGGAGCUCUCGGACGAGGACCAGACUCUGAAGGACGCCAACCUCCUGAACGCCGUCAUCGUCCAGCGGUUCGUAUAAGGGAUAGCCCGCCCUCCCGCCCGCCGGUCCACAUCGCGCCUCGCUCUCGCUCUCUUUGCGGCGCUCACCGGCCUCGCCGCACAAGGUGGCCACCAGGCGAUCACAGCCAGUUUCCCCGGCUCUGCGGAUUGGCCUAUCGGGCGUUGCGUUUCCCGUAUAUUCGGGUUUUCUUUUCUUUUUUUUAAUUUCUAUUUUUUCUUUCUUUCUCCUGUGCUCAUCCAUGGACUUUUACGAAAGAAACGAAGUACCAAACCGAGAGUGGGUUGUAGGUUUUUGGUUUUUUUGUUUUGUUUUGGGUUGGUUUCCCGGUGUGCCUGCCGGAGCCUGUGCCGGAUAACGGAGGCAGCAGCCUUUUUUUUGGGAAGUGGGAGCGCGAAUGGGAGGUCCCGGAGUCUGUCCUGGGUCCUGUUUUGGGAGUGGGCGGCCCCCCCCCAUUCUUCCUUCUCUUUCGGUGUAUUAAAUAAAGUGAACCCCAAAAAGGGACCUCUUUUAUUUUUAUUUUUAUUUUUAUUUUCUUCCUAUCGUCAACCAACUCCUGUUUUUUCAAUCUGGUCAACUUUUUAAGACGGGUGGAUUUCCAACUCCCGGAAUUCUGGGAGUUGAAAAUCCGUCCCUCUUCAAAGUUGACCAGAUUGAAAAACAUUGCUUUAUAGGAGAUUGUCAAAUUCUCCCCUUCUUAAACAGGCUAAUUUCUCCCUCCCUCCUUUCCUCCCUCCUUCCUUGCCACCCUCUUUUUUUUUUAAAACCCCUCCUUCACCCCAAAAGUUUUGGGGCACGAUACGACGAUGCCAGGUAUGGCUUCGUGGUUGAAAUUUUGCAUGUCAGCUCAACAUGCAAAGGAAUCAUUUUUAUUAAUUGUCCAGCGGGGCCUUUGACCUUCGGGUUCAUUUUUUUGUGAGGGGGUUCUAAGGAAGUUCACAGAGUGGGGGGGGGGACUAGAGCGGGCUGUCCAUCUAUCUGUCUGUCUAACUGGAACCUGCCUGUUUUGAGAAUUGGACGCCGUCCCCCAACUGCCUUUUUGGUUAGUCCUCUGCUGUCUUCAAAAAAAUCCCCAGAAAGCAAUUCCCCCCCUCCCAAUAGUUUUCCUUGUUUGCAGUUUUUCCCCCUCAGUCUGGUCUCCCCCAUCGCCCCUCUGUCCUGUGGGUCACGUUGGGGAGGAAAAUCAUCCGUUCUUCCUUUCAAACCAGGGAUAUCUCACGCAGCCAGGUUUUUUUUCCCCCCUUACUGUAUCUCAAAAGAUAUCGCUGGAUGGUUCAGAAAAGGAUGUUAUUGGUUCCCCCACCCCAAUUUUGUCUCAGCUAACGGAGUCCGCACCGCCUGUCCAUGGCGAAUUCUGUAAAUUAUUGUAAUGUGUGCAUUAAAAAAACAAAAGAAAACAAAACUGACUAUAGGAGAA